CACGAAUCAUAACCAGCGAUAAGCAUCCCACGACUAGCAACACAAGCUUCCCCCGGCUUUUCCAACACCCCUGUCUCGUGCUCCCUCCCUCGUACUCGUAGUGCAGAUCCAUUCAUUACGGACCGUCAAAUCAGCAAUCAUUCCGGUCAUAUCUACUGCGUCAUGGUGUUGAUAGGGCUCUCACGGGUACUACGAUACUACGAGGCAACUAGCAACCUAGUUACCUUUCUCACCAUCGCAAGGUAGCAUUCUCAUCUUCAUUCCAACCGCUUUCAACAGGACAGGCUCCAAAGCUCCUUCGGCCUUUUCCGUCCACGAGAUUCUCCUCUUCACUGCAUACGCGAGUACCUUUUCCUGUUUUGCCUCUCGCUUUCUCCGUCAGUCAAUCACCUUCCUUUCUCUGACUCGCAGGGUUACCACAGAGGUGGAGAAGUAGCUUCAUCAUCAUGCAUCAUGCAUCAUGAGCUUCCUGAACCCAGGCACGAAGUAGUUUGUAGGUGAGUACCUAUGUUUUGUUGACAAGCUCAUCCAAGCUUCGAAUCCCAACCGGCCUUUCUUUUUUUAUUGUUGUUUUCCUCAUCUCUGUUGCUUGUCCUGUCCUACCGUAGAGGUGUUGUUACGUCCUUUUGGUCAUCACCAUCACCUCGUGCGCAGACAUGAAAUUGUCCCUCAUCACCUUGGCCCUGGGCCUGGCUUCAUCCGUUUCAGCGCGGAGAACAGGUGCACAUGUCGGUAAACAAUUCCCUCAAGCCAAGAGGAACAUUGCACCGAGGGCAGCAGUAGCAGAAGCAGCAGCUCCAGCCACUCCGCAACUCGAGAAACGAGCUUCGCAUCAAUUCUUGACAAACACCACCAAAAAAUUCGCCGUCAAUGGAAGCGCGAUCCCAGAUGUCGACUUCGACGUCGGCGAAUCCUAUGCCGGUCUUCUACCCAUUUCGGAUGCCAAAGACUCCCCGGAACUGUUUUGGUGGUUCUUCCCUUCGACCAACCCUGCGGCGAAGAACGAAAUUGUGAUUUGGCUCAACGGUGGUCCUGGUUGCAGUUCUCUAGAGGGCUUCCUACAAGAAAACGGACCCUUCUUAUGGCAAUACGGUACUUACAAGCCUGUACGAAAUCUCUGGUCAUGGACCAAUCUGACCAACAUGGUCUGGGUGGAACAACCCGUGGGAACCGGUUUCACUCAAGGUAAAGUCAACGCGACCUCAGAAGCCGACGUGGCAGCGGACUUUUUGGGAUUCUUCAAGAACUUUGUCAAGACCUUUUCCAUGCAAGGUUACACUGUCUAUGUCACCGGCGAGUCCUACGCGGGUUACUACGUGCCCUACAUCGCGGAUGCCAUGUUCAACGCCAACGACACGGAAUACUACAACAUCAGUUCCAUCAUGAUCUACGACCCUAGUCUGAGUUACGACGUGGUCCAAGAACAACUCCCGGCCGCGGCGUUUGCGAACUACUGGGCCGACGCACUCUCCUUGAACAAGACUUACAUGGCUCAACUGAACAACAUGUCAGACACUUGUGGCUACACGUCCUUUUUGGAGGAGGCGUUGACGUUCCCACCCAAAGGUCCCCUCCCCACGCCUCCCAACGUCGACCUCGACGACGACAGCUGCGACACUUUUGAUUCUUUAGUUAAUGCCAUCUCCGAGGUCAACCCUUGCUUUGACAUCUACCAAAUCUUCACGACGUGCCCUGUGCUUUGGGACGUUCUGGGUUUCCCCGGUUCGUUUGACUAUCUCCCCGAAGGAGCCAGCAUCUACUUCAACCGGACGGACGUGCAAAAGGCCAUUCACGCGCCGAUCCAACCCUGGGACGAAUGCAGUGCCAACCCGGUGUUUGUCAACAACACGGACACGUCUACACCAUCGACGUUGAGCGUGUUGCCAGGUGUCAUCGAAAAGGCCGACCGUGUCAUCAUCGGCCAUGGACUCAUCGACAUGGUUUUGAUCUUCAACGGAACUUUGGUUGCAGUUCAGAACAUGACCUUCAACGGAGGACAAGGGUUUUCGGUUCCACCCGCAGAGUGGGAUGAUUUCUAUGUCCCUUACCACGUCUCGUACAGCAAUCAGUUGGGCGACCUGGCCGGUGCAGGACACAUGGGUCAGUACCACACCGAGAGAGGUUUGACCGUGGUGACGGUUCAACUGUCGGGUCACAUGAUUCCUCAGUAUGCCCCCAGCGCGGCCUACAGGCAUCUUGAGUUCUUGUUGGGUCGGAUCCCCGAUUUGGGCACCGUGGGACCAUUUACGACCAUGAAGAAUACAAGUUAUUAGGGGAGAGAGAAAAGGAAGAAGGAAAGACUGUUCAUGAGGAGGCAUGGGAACAGUUGGAGAGAGGAUGUGGAAGUAAUGACUGUAUAUACGUAUGUGGGAUGAUCUGAAUGAGUAGUAAUGAAGGAUUGAUUGCAUCCGGUAUUACAGAGUGUAAGUCCUAGAAAUGUCUUGAUCUUUGUCCGUCACAGACAUCCGACAUCAAUCUUAUCAUAUCGUUAUUGUUAUUA